AGGAGGAGCGGGUGGUAGAAGAGGUCGGGAGGGGGCGCGGCGGGAGCCACAUGUAGAGGCGAGCGACAGAACAGCGGCAACUCGGGAGCAAAAGCAGAAAAGGGGCCAAGAGGCUGCUGGAGGAGGAGUGCAAGUCUACAACAAGAGGUCAACAAGCGCUCGCAGCGACACCGAUCGAUCGCGCGCACAUGGCGACGAAGUCGUGAGAGAGAUAGAUGGCGGACGGGGAGGGAGAGAGGGGAAAAUGGAGGAGGAGUGAAAAGGAAAUGGGCAAAUGUUGCGGAUCAUGGAUGAUGAGUGGAAGGUGAGAGACACUAGUACAAAGCAGGCGAGAAGGGCCCAGCGCUCUCUUUUCUCCUUUUCCUCUUAUCCUGCAGUUUUUUUUUGGGCUCCCGUGAGAGACAGAGCGUUCCGUGCGAGAGCGAGCGAGAGUGAAGCGAGGACGCGCUGCGAGAAAGUGGAAAGAGUCUGUUUUUCGCCUACCGAAGUCGAAGGGCCGCAGCAGCAGCAGCAGCAGCAGGAGGAGGAGGAGGAGGGAGAGGGAGAGCAGUAAGGAAGAAAAGGAGGGAAGGAAGAAAAGAGUUCUCUUGAGUGAGUGAGAGAGAGUGAGAGAGAGAGAGCGAGACACACUCUCACACACAAGGAGACGGAGAGAAGGAAGGGGAGAGGGAGGGAGGGAGAGGGAACGGCGCAGCAAAGCCUUGAGGUGUGGUUUGUGGUUGAACGCGCGAUCAGAAUCUCAGUCUCUGGCCUCAUCUCUCCUGGAUUGGGAAACGACGCUUGUGUCGUUGUGGGUGCUGGUGGACACGCUCUGUAGCGUGAACGAGUCCUUGGGACUGAGAUCUGGCUCCGCUUUUGAUGUGCUUGUUGUGUGGAUUGAAGGGAUGCUCUUUCCAUCUCUUUGACUACUAUCGGUAGCACGGACACUUAAGCCGGAAACCAGAAGUUCGAAAUGACUCAUUUCCUCACCGCCUUCGGUCGAAGCCUGGCCCUCGCCCGACUCUUUGUCAUGUAGAGAUCAGAAGGACAAGUCUGUAGUUCCUAACUGCCACUCAUUUCUCCUGUGAGGCAGUCUGUUGAUCACCUUUGCACCUGGCCCAAAUUCAACUGUCGGGGUGGCAUAGUGUGCCGAAGUAGAGAACUAGGAGUUGGAGGGACUUGAAGCUUUUGGAGAAUGGUGUCAUUUGCUGUUCCGAGUGGCCAAUUACCGGUGAAGCCGAGGUCACCUGAACACGCCAGUGCUACCGUCAAAGCGGAGUCUCCGACUCUGAGCCAGGGCUCUACGGGCGGUCUCGCUCCUCAAUGGCAGAACCACAACUCGGGGAUGUCUGGUCAGGCGGGGAUGUCUGGCCAGGCCACAGGUCUGGGGCGCAGUCCUUCUCAUCGGCACUCCUCUCUUUCACCGAAGCGUGAGUUCCAGCAGCACAUAGAGCGAGAACGGGAGAGAGACGCUGCUUACGAUGAGUACUCUCAUGACCGGAAGAGGUCGAAGAUCCAGGAUUCGGUCCACACGAUCUCCUCACAGAUGCAAUCGCAAUUGCUGUCACCGAGAGGAGCGUCCGGCUCCACAGGGCCUGCAUUGACGAGGGAUGUAUCCUCCUCACCUGGCGCGAAAUAUAGCGAGCCACAACAUUCUGCCGGGAGUAUAUGUCGUAUAGCUCCGACGCCUUCUCUGACGCAGCAGUCUCUGAAUCCACUAGACGAGCCGAGUCCUCUGGGAUUGACUUUGAGGAAGACACCUUCGCUCUUGGAUCUCAUAUCUAUGAAGCUCGCCCAAAGUGCUGCAAGUGAUCAGGGAACUUCGAACUCUGACGCGCUGUCAGUAGACGCUGCGAAGAAUCGGGUUGGAAAGUGCCUGGUGCCAACUUCCACUAACCAGGACAAACUCAAGGCAUCAAACUUUCCUGCAUCCAGUUUGAAAAUCGGAAACUGGGAGCGUGUUUCGAGAUACGAGGGAGACCUGGUAGGAAAGUGCUACUAUGCGAAGCGUAAGCUGGUAUGGGAGGUACUGGAAACGGGUCUUAAAAGUAAGAUCGAAAUUCAAUGGUCUGAUAUUUCUGCAAUGAAAGCUAGCUGCCCCGACAACCUUCCUGGCUCUCUUGAGAUUGAGGUUUCUCGACCCCCAUUGUUUUUUCGGGAGACAAACCCUCAACCAAGAAAGCAUACACUGUGGCAGGCCACAUCCGAUUUUACCCAAGGACAGGCCACAAGGAAUAAGCGCCACUCUUUAAUUUUUCCAGAAGGCGUUCUUAAUAGGCACUACGAGAAGUUGGUACAGUGCGAUCCUCGACUGAAGCGUCUGGUGGAAGGAACUCUUCAAAUGAGGCCUAAUCCGGAUUUCGAUCACACCAACUCGAUGUUUGAUUCGCAACAUCAACAUCUGCCUGCUCAUCAACAACCCAUACAUCAGAACAAUACACACGAUUCUUUGAAGAAUCAGCAACCUUACAUUAUACCACAACAUAUGCAAAUGCGACCGAAUCCGGGACAUACUUUAGGUGGAAUGUUAUCAGACGCAAAACCCGAAAUCCGUUUGAUGAAGAUGCAGUCAAGUGAUCUGGCUUCUCCUAGCUCAGUGAUGGAUGCGAGAGUCAGCGAUGAAAGCGGCACCAGCGACAACGAAGAUCUGAGGCUGCACGAUGAGCUGAACGAGUACGAUGGUUUGGAUCGCAUGGAAUUGAUGUAUACAAACGACCAUCUGGAGGACGUGAAGCCACUGUGCAGCACUAUCUACAUGGGUGUUGGGAAUGCUCUGCCACCUGAUCGUACAUAUCAGCCAGAUCGGAAGAUGCUGGAGCAGUUGGCCAUCGACCUUCUCGGAGACCACAACUUUCAAAAUCCCAGCGAUCAUCUGAUUUUAGCACAAAGGGUAGGGACCAUGCCUACCUCUUUGGCUGAAGAAGUUCAUCUACCUCAUCCAUCUGGGCACGGAAUGAUGGACGGAUCAGUGCUGACAGAUGGCCACUCCUACCAUCACUUCAACCCCUUUCAUGUAAAGAGUGAAAUGGGACUAGGUGAUGAUCAGCUGGAGAUGAUGAUGCCUCCAUCAGGAAACCACCAUCCACAUGCACUUAGUGGUAGGCCACAUAGAGACCCUUCCUUCAAUUCAAUAAUGUCAUGUAUCAACAAGCAUGGCUCGGCUAGCGACUUGAUAUUACAUCUUCCACGGGUGGCGUCCUUACCGCAUCUAUUCGAGACUUCUGCUCAGGUCCCUCUUGGUAGGUACGAUCCGACUCUGAUGAGGCCGUCUUAUUUGGGCAACGAAAAGAAGUGGAUUGUCGAUGACUUGAGAUGACAGUGGGUUGUCGUCAGAACAGCUAAGGCUUCUGCACAAAGCUAGUCGUUAUUAACACGUACGAGAAACCUGUACCUUUUUCCCUAAAUUAUCAUAGAGGAAAUACUUCAGCUGGGAAUUAUCAAUUCUUUUUCACUCGAAGAAAUCUCGACAGCGCAAUUUACAAGUUGCUCGUCACUUCCGCGAGUGCUGAUCUACUUACGGUAGCGUAGCUUUAAUGACGAUCUGCAGCGCCCGGGUUUUUGACAUCUCCUGGAGACGGGUAGGUUGUGACUCCCUUUUGUAUCCAAUAUUCCGUAGCCUACUUCCUCUCUCUACUUGUCCCAAUAUCACACACUUCGCUGUGCACGAAACAGGCUAACAGGGGAAACGGAUGGUAUGUAAGAAACUACAAUCUAGUGAUCCCGUCGGGAAACGAGAGGAGAUAGCCUUAUUGUAUAGAGAACUUUUUGUGAAGACGGGUCAUAAUUACUUGUACCAUUGCAUCUGAUGAAAAGAGUUUUUCUGAUAUUCGGGGAUAUUUGCCUUU